AUGGUCAGUCUUCUCAUCCUUUCAGAUGUCAAAGGCAACCCUCAAGCUAGCCAGGAGAAUGGCUCCUUGGCCUCCAGUUUGGCUUCCUCAAAAACCUUCUUUAAGCUGAUGACCUGGAAGAGGGGGCAGAAAACCAGAUGGACUAUCAACUACUUCGAGGGAACAAAACUCUGGAUAAAGAGAAGAAGAUCCAGUUACCGCUCUGAGGACCAAGAAGCCUUCUACCGACUCCUGGAGGACCCCGUUAUCCAGAGCUUCCUGGAAGCUGACAUUUUCCUCAAAGUGUCUGACAAGUACCUGCUGUCCAUGGUGGUGGAGUACUUUGGCCGUGUCGGGCUGCCCGGGCAUCUCUACAACAAGAUCCACUUCUUCCUGGCCCUCUACAUCGCCUCCGACAUGGAGGAGGACAACCCCACCGCCAAGUGCAGCAUAUUCCAGUUCCUGCUGGGCAGGAAGCACUGGCUGGAGCUCUACAGGGAGUUCCUGGGUCUGAAGGUGAAGUUCUUCCAUGCGAUGGGGCACCAGGCCUGGGUCACCCAAGAGCUAUGUGAGGAGGUGAAGCGAGCGCCCAAGCUGCGCCCUGAAUGA